CCCUAUUCACGUAUGACGCAAUCUGGCACCAAAACGAGGCGUGGAACGCACGAACAACACCGGGACAAUAUGGCGGCGUACCACUGUUGUGUGCCAUCCUGUGUUAGCGAUUCGCGCUACGAUAUCGGUAAAAAACUCACAUUUCACCGUAUCCCUCAUGACAAGCAACAGCGCAGAGAAUGGAUUGUAAAGAUCCGCAGAGAUGUCGGAAAGAAUUUCAAGAUAUCUACUGCAACCCGUGUGUGCUCCGAACAUUUCCAUGAGAAAGACUUUCUCAGAACACUGUCAGGUCUAACACGGCUCAGGCCAGGAGUCAUACCAUCAGUAUUCCAGUGGACAAAAACGACUACUGAGAGGCCUGCGCCAAAGAAGCGUUCCAAUGAUGUUGCUCCAGACCCAUGUGUAGGCUGUGAUGAAGGAGUGGCAGCUGAUGGUCCAGUACACACUACACCAGCACCAUCAGCUGACCAUGACUAUUCCUCCACCCCUGUUCCUGCAGAGAGUCAGCUGGCAGCUGCCCAGGCAGAGAUUACCAGACUGCAGGAAAAGGUUAGACAACUGGAGCAGGAAAAGUUUUUCCUUGAUAGAUUUUCUUCUGACCCCCAAGCAAUUAGUUUUUACACUGGCUUUAAUAAUUAUCAAACUUUAGUUAGCGUUUUCACAUCUUUAGAACCUUCAGCUAAUAACAUGAUCAGGUGGACUCAGAUGCAGAGACAUUCAUCUAAUAUGAACAAUGUUAGAAUGUCAUCUUUUAAUGAUUCAAGUCUUCCUCUUAUUGACCAGUUUUUCAUGUUUUUGUGCCGUGUGAGGCAGGGUCUUGCAGAGAAUGAUUUAGCUGUUAGGUUUGGUGUGUCCCAGUCUUCUGUUAGUAGGUUGUUAAUCACCUGGGCAAAUUAUUUGUACUUCAUGUUGGGCAGUUUGGCAAUUUGGCCUUCUCGGAGUGUUGUUGAUAAGAAUAUGCCAGAAUGUUUCCGUAAGACCUACCCAAAGACAAGAGUUAUACUUGACUGUACAGAGCUAAAGGUGCAGACUCCAAGUUCUAAGGUACUUAAUUCUGAAACAUAUUCACAGUACAAAAGCCACACAACAUUUAAGGGUUUAAUCGGAAUUACACCAUGUGGGGUCCUGUCCUUUGUCAGCACACUGUAUACUGGAUGUAUAUCAGAUAAAGAAAUCACAGCUAGAUCAGGAGUAGUUGACCUUAUUGAGCCUAAUGAUUCUGUUAUGGCUGAUAAGGGGUUUCUGAUACAGGACCUACUGGACAAUAAACAAGCAAUGUUAGUGAUCCCCCCAUUCCUUGGCAAGAAAGGAAAGUUCUCUGCCACUGAAGUUAGUCAGACCCAUGAGAUAGCUAGGUUGAGAAUACAUGUGGAGAGGGCCAUCAGGCGGGUAAAGGAAUACCACAUUUUUGAUGGAGUAGUCCCACUUUCACUUGCUCCGUCAAUCAACCAGAUUUGGACUAUUUGUUCGAUUCUGACAAAUUUCAGGGGACCCUUAUUCUAAUAAGGGAAGUUGAUAGAUGAAGCUAGUGAAAAUGGGACUCCUCCAUCAAAAAUGUGGUUUAUUUGUUUGCAUCGCACUAAAAAGUAUAAAGAUGAAAUGAAGACCAAAAAUACAUAAUACAUUUUUUUGUACUAGUUAUUCUACUCAAUAUCAACAUUUGAUGCUACUUUCUGCCUCUCACAUUUUUUGGAGUUCUUCAUGUAUUCUCCUGAAGUGGGUCACCAAAUUGUGUUAGAAAUUCCUGAGACAAAGGCAUGAUUAAAACAAAUUUGACAACAUCUAUUAUACUAAGUAUUAGAAAAGCCCCUAUUAUAUUGUUCUUGGCACUGUAACAUUCAAGACUACAAAAUGCUUGUUUAUCGUCCAGUAGGUCUGGUAUCAGAAAAGAAUAUGUUACAUAAAAUUUUUUGUGCUCAAUAGUGCUUAGAAACCAUUUAAAUGUAUGAAGCUUGGAGUCUAUAUCUCAAAGCAUUGAUAAUCUUUUUGAGGGCACCAAAUUUUCUUAACUUCUGGCGCAAUUUUCGCAUGGAAAGACGUGUGCUCUCAAUAUUACUCUUGUCUUUGGGUUAAUUUUUGUCUGAGGACACCAAAUUUUCUCAACUUCUGGUGCAUUUUACAUGGAAACAUGUGUAUAUGACAUAUAUGACCGUGUUGUAUUCUGUAUAUCCCACCCUCAUAAACAU